GUUCUGAUUUCUGAAUGAAAAUUUGAGAACCUUAGCUGUCACCUGUCACUGGAUAUCAUAAAAUUACCGAGAAAACUGCUUCUGGUUAUUGGUGCUGGAAAAUUUAUUUGAAAGGAUAAUUUAUAUCUUUUAAAGAUAAUAUAAAAUCUUAUUAUCAAUAUGCUUAACUAUACCGUUCUUAAUCAAGUAAAAACAUCAGUGAGGAGCGCUAUCCAAAGCAGGAAUAUUGGAAUCGUAGCUCCUUGUUUGCAAAAAGCAACAGAUCCCAUUCAACAACUUUUCCUGGAUAAAAUCAAAGAAUACAGAAAAAAAAGCAAUGAGGAGAAAAAUCUAGUUGAACCUUCUCCAGAACUACAGAAAGAACUCAAAAGUGAAUUGGAAAAAGUUUCUAGGCAAUUUGGUGGAGCUGAAGGUGAAGACAUGACCAAAUUUCCUACAUUCAAGUUUGUUGACCCCCCAAUUGAUCCCAUCAACAUGGAAACCAAGUAGACACAUUUGUGUAUUUUGAAUUGUAUUCAAAUUGAAUGUUUCAAGUGAAAAAAAAAAGAUUAGUGUUAAAAUAAAUAUUACAAAAUAACAA